CCUCCGCCUCUAGGAGCUGGUACACAAAGGUACAGCCUUCGUGACGUCACUCCUCAUCCGCGGCAGAGUGAGAGAGCCGCGGCGAUCCGCUGCGGAGGAUGCCUACCCCGCUGCGGGGAUAACCGCCAGGCGAGAUGGCCGUUACUUUUUUCCUCGUCACAUCCCGCACCGCGACGACCCCUCGGCACCCAUGAAGCCCCCGUUGAUGAAGCCAAAACCGGCCAAAGCAAGGCGGAAAGAGGCCACUGAGCGAGAGAAUGUACUGGCGCGUCGGGUUCGCCUGGACGCGCUCGUGUGUGGUUGAUCUUGGCCGGAACCAGAGCUCCUUCGGCCUGGGCGGCUCCGAUGAGCAGCUCUCGUUUUAUGGGUACAUCAUCGCCUACCCUCUGCAGGACUACGGCGGGAUCAUGUCGGCCCUUGGGUCGGACUCGUGGUGGCGGAAAACGUUUUAUCUUGCCGGGGGCGCUCUGCUCGCCACCGCUGCCUAUCUAUUGCACGAGCUGCUCGCCAUCAGGAAAGAACAGGAGCUGAACUCUAAAGAUGCCAUCAUCCUUCACCAGUUCUCCAGGCCAAAGAGCGGAGUCCCUUCUCUCUCCCCCUUCUGCCUCAAGAUAGAAACCUACCUACGCAUGGUAGACCUGCCCUACCAGAACUACUUUGAUGGGAAGCUUUCUCCCCAGGGGAAGAUGCCAUGGAUAGAGUACAACCAGGAGCAGGUGUCUGGUACAGAGUUCAUCAUCGACUUCCUGGAGGAGAAGCUGGGCGUGAGCCUCAACAAGAACCUCAGUUCCCAGGAGAAGGCUGUGUCCCGGGCUGUCACGAAGAUGGUGGAGGAACACUUCUACUGGACCAUAGCGUACUGUCAGUGGGUGGACAACCUGGAGGAGACACAGAAGAUGCUGGCGGUGAGCGGGCCGCUGAGUGACCUACUCAAGUGGAUCCUGAGUCACCUGACCGGCGGCAUCGUGAAGAGAGAGAUGUACGGCCACGGGAUUGGACGGUUCACUAAGGAGGAGGUCUACACUCUGAUGGAGAAAGACAUGCGGACGCUGGCCACCCUGCUCGGUGAUAAGAAGUACCUGAUGGGUCCUAAGCUGUCCAUGGUGGAUGCCACUGUGUUCAGCCAUCUAGCCCCUGCUAUGUGGACCCUGCCGGGCACACGGCCAGAGCAACUCAUCAAAGGCGAGCUGAUCAACCUGGCCAUGUACUGUGAGAGGAUCCGCCGGCGCUUCUGGCCCGAGUGGUUCGUUGAUCUGGAGGACUUCUGUUACGAUGACACCACAGAGGACGAUGACUCCCUGUCCAAACUCCAAGACCUGGGGCUGUAUUCCCGCACAGACACCUUCCAGGAUGAGGCCAGUCCUCCUCACACACACACACACACACACACAAUCUCCCCAGACAGUGACCGCACAGGCCACUCGCUCUACGACUCGGACAUGGACACGGAGUGCUCCGAGAUGGAGCAGCUCAAGUGUUGACCGCCAUAUGACUCACACACAACACACACACUCCGCCCCCAUACAGUGCCCUCUCCCUGUUGAGGAGGGAAUAACUACUGGGGAGCAUUUCUAUUGCCAGUGGCUGUUGUUGCCUGUGCUAAUGAGGGAUGGUAAUCAGAGCUUCUACACACAAUGUGAUAGAGGAACAAAAGACUGAAUAUUGAGAUAAAGGAAUAGCAAGAUAGAGAAAAUAAGGGUAAUAUAGCAAUAGAGAAAGAGCCCAAGAGGGAUAGAGAGAGGAAAAGAUCAACCUGGAAGAGAUAAAAGGGAAAGAGAGAAGGAUGGAGAACAGAGUUGCAAAAGAAAGAUCAGGAAUUAAUGACGCAAUCACUGAGAAACUCCUUCACCUGGGUGAUGUCAACACCUGUCGCCCAGUUUCCUGUUGUCGAGUUGCUCUUCCCACGGCAACCGUGUGUGUUUGACAUACUGACCCCUGACUUGCAUCCUUGCAAAAUAUGAGUCAUUAUCUUGAUAUUAUAUAUGAUAUGUGGGGAACUGUUCAGGCAAGAUGUGAAUGAGUACAGUUCAAUAUGAGUAUAAAUAGUAUAGAUAGCCUGCAAAAUAUAUAUUAUCCCAAUGUCCUAUAAUGUAAAUACUCUGUGUGGUUCUUCUGUACAACCUCUCAGUGCUUGUUUGAUAUGACCAAACUUCCUGGUGACUUUCAACUAACCCCUUGUGCUGGUCUGGGUUUUAGGAAUUCUAAUGCAUCUAUUUCUACCCAGAUGACUGACACUUUGCAUCUGCAGUCAGGUCUUAACCCAUCAUUGAGUAUUUCGUAGGUCCUUUGUAGAAUGGUCAUUGAUGUUGAGGGCGAGUUUCAGAUGCUGUGGAUUGAGGGGACAUCUCAAUAAUCUAAAGUGGAUUCAUCUCAAUAAUCUAAAGUGGCUUCCUUUCCUCAUCUCCUCUCCUUCAUCUGCACAGAUCUGAAAACUUUGGAUAGGUGAAAGCAAUAUGGUAGAUGAUUACUGGAACUUUAUUUCACUUGUCCAAUUCUUUCACAUCAGAUGAAGAAGAGGAGGAGAGGCGGCUACAUGAGAUCUUUAGUUGUGUGUAUGUACAUUCAGCCAUUGAGAGCGGAUGAAAUAACCAUGUAGAAAUAGACUAAAUAGACUAGAUAUACUUGGAGGUGCAUGGCUAAUAGGUGCCAAUGAAAAUCACACUACCCUGCUGGUUAUCUGUUAUCUACGUUUCUACGCUUCCCUGUUUUAAUGUUUAUUGUUAUGCAGUGUGUGUGUGUGUGUGCCUCAGGCCAGAGAAAGCGAACAAAGAUGCAAUAUAUUGAAAUAACUAUUAGGCCUUUGCCCAGCCUCUCUGUUCUCAUCAAAUACAUGGCGUGUCUACUCCCCUUUUAGAAUUAAUUGAUUCUAGAAAUAGAAGGAAUAGAAUGGCCAUUGUUACUUAUAGCAUCAAUUCACUCUGUGCUAUGCAUGAAACAACUACUAUAAUCCACAGUGUUGAUUGCCAGUCUUAUUUAAUAGUAGGCUACAGUAUGUGGAAUAGUGAAACCGUUUACUCUAAUCUUUCUAUUUCUAGUGCAUUGCUGAUGUAUGAUGGUGAGAUGUGGACAUUACAAGUGUUUGUCAUUCAGCGGACACUUCUGGGUCCUGUGUGUGCGUGUAACAGAGGGUGUAGAAUUCUGUCCAUAUGGUGCAUCAAUGAGUCAUCGUACCUUGUGAGUUGAUUUUGAGGCAUACACCAUUUAUUCAUGCUGGGUGCUAACAGCUGACCCUAUACAGAUACAGACACAGAUACAGCCAGAUACAGAUGCAUACAGAUACAUACAGACACAUAUACAUACAGACAGAUACCGACACAGAUGCAGACACGUACAGACACUGAUACAGACGCAGAUAC